AGUCGGUCGCAAUUCUGAAUCUACCCAGGUCCUACCUUGAUUUGACAAAUCCCGGCCAGUUUCGUUGUGGAUAGUGCAGUCGUUGGUGGUCGCCCUGUUCGCAUCGUCUAGUCUUGAAAAGACCGAAUUGCCACCUACCGUACCCAGCUACGGUACAUUCAAAGGCUGGAACAGCAGCUUGUCUUCUCGCCAGUGCUUGUUGCCUACUUUUCAAGUUUUGCCUUACAUAAUACAAGUUGCUUUUCCGAGGUUCUUCUCCAAAACCAAUCCGUUGGAAAAAGAGACAAGUAGGGGGUGCGAAGUUGCUUCGUGCCUGGGUAUUGUCCUCUGUACUAGUCGUUGUUGUGCGUUGGCCCAGUAAAUUGUGGAGCGGUGUCUGUAGCUGACAGAUCUUAGCAUCUUGAAUCUCUCGGGUUUGUUAGAGUUAAAGCGAAGAGCGCUCCUUAUCGAUCAGGGAAUUAGAUCUGGAGCAUUUGUGGACGACAUUGGGAGAAGGGUCUUUAGACCCCGCUUGACAUCUGUGCCAUCCUCUUGGAAGUGUUUGUCAGAGAUCUCAGGUAACUUGAAGCCUCUUGCCACCCUUGUCCACCCUUUGAUCAGUCAGGGGAGAUCAGGGCUCCCCGUGGACAAUGUUUGCCCUGCUGAGCCAACCUGCGGAGCAGCUGUUUGACACCCUGGGCUUGACCAAGGUGGGCCAGCAGGUGGCUGCCUUUCUGGGGGGGGCGCGCACCCCUGCCAAGCUGCCGCACAGCCCGCCCCCGCCUAGAUCUGUCCAGCGAGCAGGCCCGGAGAUGAAGCCAGCAGAGCCUACCGACGUGCGGCUACUGGGGAUUAACCUGACGCGCCAGCCGCGCUGGAUCCAGCUGGUCGUGUGCACGGGGGGCUUCUUCUUUGGCUACAUCACUAAUGGCCUGGCGGAGGAGUAUGUCUAUAACAGGGCCGGCUUCAGCUACGGGUGGUACUUCACAUUUGUGCAAGGCUUUGUGUACAUUGGCCUCAUCAUGGCGCAGGGCUUUCGCCCGAAGCACUGUGUGAACCCGUGGGGCCUAUACGUCAAGAUCAGUGCGGUGCUCAUGUUCUCCACCGGCCUCACCAAGGGCUCUCUCGCCUACCUCAACUACCCGGCGCAGAUCAUGUUCAAGUCCACCAAGGUGCUCCCGGUGAUGCUGCUCGGCGCGAUGGUCCCGGGGCUGCGGCGGCUGUACAACCUGCAGGAAUACGUGUCGGCGCUGCUGCUGGUGCUGGGGCUGAUCCUGUUCACGCUGGCGGACGCGGCGUCGUCGCCCAACUUCCAGAUGGUGGGCGUGAUCAUGGUGUGCACCGCGCUGCUGCUGGACGCCAUCCUGGGGAACAUGCAGGAGGCCAUCUUUGCGGUCAACCCCGCCACAUCGCAGACGGAGCUGCUGUUCUGCACGACCAUUGUGGGCAUGCCCUUCCUGCUGGGCCCCAUGGUGGCCACGGGGGAGCUGUUUGAGGCGUGGAGCGCGGGGAUGGCGCACCCGUACAUCUACGGGGUCAUCAUCUUGGAGGCUUUUGCCACCUACAUCGGCCAGCUGUCCGUGCUGUCGCUAAUUGCCCUCUUUGGCGCGGCCACCACCGCCAUGGUGACGACGUUGCGCAAGGUGUUUACGCUGCUGCUGUCGUACCUGAUCUUCACCAAGCCGCUGCUGGGGCAGCACUGCGUGGGGCUGCUGCUCAUCUCGUCCGGCAUCGGCCUCAAGAUGACGCCCGACUUCAUGCCCACCCCGAGCUUCAUGAAGCCUGCGCGGGCAUCCCCGUCCAAGCCGGAGGUCCGGUAUUCGCCCGUAGAGGACGAGAGGAUGGAGGAGGGGCGCGAGAAGGAGGGGGACAACACCAGGUGAUGGAGCCCGGCCAAGCAAACGUCAGUGUCCCCAGUCUCCUUGCCUAGAAAGGCGGGGCGCUCAGUCGGCCUCUGAGUCGGUAUAGAGGUGUCUAAAAAGUCGGAGUUGUCGUCUUUAGAGUCUGUGCCGCUGCGUAGUUAGACUGUAGUGGGGCGUACUUAGAGUCGGCUUACAGCCACUGCUUGGGGACGGUCAUUACACUGGUGAACAGGAAUAGAAAAGGGUGGGUGCUAACAGUCAAUACCCUGGCUCGCAAUCAGAGCCAGUAACACAACGAGGCCGAACAUAGGACGCGGUAGAUCCAUAACAUAUUGCCUUCGGCAUCCUUGGGUCCUAAUCAACGCGAAUUGACUUAGAAGCGCUCGCCAGUAGUGCACAUAGGAACACUUGGAGGAACAGAAAUCGUCAGCGGAUCAUCUGAUCUGCUGCACGAUUACGCAACAAAUCAGCCCAACAGCCGCAUGAGUCAUGCAGCUUCGCAACAUGCAUGGCCUGCAGUUGUAGAGUGCUUCGACUGAGCCUGGCGUGGCCUGCAACAGGCUUGUAUGUAUCUGCAAUGGGAGAGUAGAAUUUGCGAAAUGGGGAUUGCAGCCUAAUUGGAACAUACGCGUGGGGGCCCUAGAGCAGGCUGUACUUAACUGCAUAAAUUCCGUACGUUUCUCCAGACUCGCGUUAGCCUAGAACCUAGUCACAUAUGCGGCGGGGCGGCCAUGCGGCACUACUGAAUCUCAUGCCAUAUGCAAC